AUGUCGGACGAGAACGAUUCUCGAAGUCCGACUUCGCCCCCCACAACGACGAGCAACACCAGUAGGAAGCAGACCAUAUCAUCACCGGGAACGACAGCUUCACCGGCGCCCUCGGGGCACUCGUUCAAACGCGCCGUGACCGUAGACGAGACAUCUCAGGUGCGCCGGCGGCCGCCUUUCAGCCAUAUCCCAACAGAGAACUCAUUCGCCGAGAGAGGCCUUGGGAGGAGAAGGAGUUCGACGUUGUCGGAUUACAGCUUUGGCGAUGCAAGAGAUUUUCUCAACCCUAGACCUGGAGACGGUAUACCAUCAACAUCGACGGACGAACUAUCUAACUGGGCCUCGGUUCCUCUGGCAUUUGCACUUUUACCCGCGGUCGGUGGUUUGCUUUUCAAGAAUGGUAGCGCCGUUGUGACGGACAUUAUGUUGCUGGGCUUGUCGGCCGUGUUCCUGCACUGGUCCGUCACACAUCCAUGGAAUUGGUACCAUUCGGCGCAAGCAGUACGAGAGCGGGCAGAGAUCAGUACGAGCGCUGUUGUUGACGAUGAGAGCGAGGGAGAGCAGGCGGCUGGAAGCCCCUCACCGGCAGCAUCGACGGCUAACGGCCACACGACCAACGGAAGCGUUGACGAAGCGUCCGAAGUACCCACGACGCCCACGUCCUUUGUUCAGGAACAAGUACGUAAGUCGACGACGCCGCCAAGAAACAAGAAGGAGGAUGCAUUGGCUGAGCUAUGGGUACAUGAAAUCCUGGCCCUGGUAUCAUGCUUCAUGUUUCCCAUGCUGGGCGCAUACUUGCUGCAUGCCAUUCGCGCGCAACUUAGUCGGCCCUCGGAGGGCCUGGUUUCCAACUACAACUUGACGAUUUUCCUCUUGGCUGCAGAGGUACGACCGAUUUCGCAUCUCAUGAAGCUCGUGCAGUGCAGGACCAUUCAGCUGCAACGGGAUGUCCAUGUAAACCCGUACAAGGACGACGGUGCCACUUCAGAUCAGAUGAGGGUUCUCAUGGCCCGGUUGGAAAUGCUGGAGUCACGGCCUGAGCCGACGCCGAUGAAACACAAUGGGACCUCGGACAAUUCUAAAAUCAAGCAAGAGGCUUCCAUUGCUCGCGAUGUGCGCAACGCCAUCCAGCCCGAUCUGGAUGCGCUGAAUCGGGCUGUGCGACGAUACGAGAAGAAGGCGACUGUACUUGCCUUCCAGACCGAAUCGCGUUUCGCGGCAGUCGAUACCCGCCUGAACGAUGCCAUUGCGCUGGCGGCAGCAGCGGCCAAAAACAGCGUCGCUCGGCCGGGCUUUAUGCAGUGGCUCGUAGAAUCCGUGUGGGCCAUCAUCACGAUGCCCUUCUUCGCGGUAGUCGCUCUGCUGGUGCUGCCUUUCAAGACAGUUAGAGGCUUGCUCAAGCGUAAGAAGAAGUCCCUCCCUGAAAGGACAUCAAAGUCCAGUCGAAAUGGGAAGGCCGUGGGACACGGGAGGAUGGCGGCAGACAGACAACCAAGCCGCGUCUCAAAGAGGUGA